UGGUCUGGGGGGUGCCAUGGUCACCCCCCCCCACACACACACACACACAAAGCCAGCCCAAGGCCUCAUUAAGCCCCUUUAAGCCAAGCACUCGGCCUGGAGCCAGGGAGGGGUAGGGUUCAGGGCACCCCAUCUGAGGACUCACUCCCACCUCCAGGAACCUCCCCGGGCUGGAGGAAGCUGCUGCUGGUGGUGGUGGUGGUGCAGAAGUAAGGGUGGCAAUCCUGCAACGCCUCUGCAAUAGCCAGAUGUCAUGGUCCGUGACGUGUUUUUCAUGUCCGUGAAUAUGGUAGGGUCCUACUCAUGACCAUCCUUGGGAUCGUGUAAUCGCUGACCUAGUGGAUCUUGUGCUGGUAUGAGCGAGAGUAUGUGGAUUUAUCAGCGAAAUGCUGAGCUGUUGUCUCCAGGGAGUCACUACGAGGCAAUGGCCGCUCUUGGAUUACAAGUGGAAGGAAGGGAUUCUGGCUACUUCCCCCUGCAUGGCUAGCCUGCCUCCCCACUCAAACUGCCCCUCGGCAGAGUACCUUGGCAUUGGUUCCACCUGGCUUCUUUCAGCUGGACAAGCAGUGCUUAGAGAGUGAACACUGCCCCCAACCUCUUAACUAGCUGGUGUUGACGAGCCCCUGGCAGGGUUACAGCUGGUGUAGUGAGCUCCACUACCCUGCAGUCGCUGGCACAUGUUCCCACAAACCCUGAGAAGUCUACAGGAGAUUAUCUGAUCCAGCAGACCCUGGGGUGUUCAGGUUAGGGUUGCAUGUCCUCUUAGUUCUUCAAGUGUUCAUUUGCUCUUGUGGGAUCAAGAUGCCCAUGCCACAAGCUUCCAGUUGGAAGAGUGAGUGUGACUCCUGUUAUUGGUGAGAAACUGACAUUGUUCUGGCCAUGAAGCCUUCUGCUAACCCCUCCUGCCUUCCUGUCUAGUGUGUCCAGGAAUAGUACAGGACCCCAUCAGGUGAGGUGCUCGCAGGGGCUGCUCUAGGGACAUGCAGUGUAGGCAGAUGUCUACGGUGGCAGACUUCUGAGCAGCUGCCUACAGUGGCACGUUUAGCCUGGCUGCCCCCCAGUCAUACAAGACCACAAUGCCACGCACUGGAAUUUGGCACUGCCGCCCUUUCCUUCACGACGUAGGAGUGACUGGCCAAAUCUGCCACCCUUGGCAUCUGAGGAGGGGGAUGGAACAUCGAAGUUUUGCUUAGGGUGGCAGAUUGUCUUGAGCAGCCUCUGGGAGAGAAGUGCUGAUUUCAACAUGCUCUGAUAAAAGUCAAUGGGAGUUGAGCAAUCCCAGAGCCUGGAAGUCUAAGGACCAGAAACUGCAACCACAGUGAUUCUGCACUGAUCUGGAGAGGAAACGGUUGGGCCACGGUCCCUAACCAGGCAAUUCUGAGAAUGGGAAGUGUGACCAGAGGCGUCGGUUCCCCGGAAAGGCAUGAUGAUGGCUCCUAUCAAUAUAAAGUGCACGGACGGCAGGGAACCGAACAGAGACAUCCGCAGCCAUGCACCCGGACAGCUCCUAUCACAAAUGGGACAACUCAGAGCAGGUGGAACUCACAGUGCAGGGAGCGAGCAGCUCACCUGGGAGAGGCGGCAAAGCUCUUUGCCUCUCCAAUUCCACGCAAGAGAAGGCCAUUGUGAUCCUGUAUGUCCUGCUGGCAAUUUGCAUUGCAGUGGCUACAGCUCUCAUUGUGGUGAUCCUUGGGAAAUUUUCCCAGGGUCUUGCUGAAGCCCAGCUGGAUCGAGAUACAAUCAGAAGAGAUGCCAAGAGAAAUCUGUCACAUCACCAGGACUAUCUAGAGUUGAAGAUGUCCAAAGAAUUCAGCGUGUUUAACAGUCGACUUCUUAAUGUGUCCAAGGAGCUGGCUGGGGUCAGGCUGGCAAUAGAGGAGGUCCAAGCUGAUUAUGUGAAAGACCCAUUACAUCUCCAGGACGCCAUAGAGAUAAGGAACCUAACGCACAGUUUGUCGAAGGAGCUGGCUGAGGCAAGAAGGGACCACGACAGACUCCAGGAGGUCUUGAGCGGGGUGCAGGAGGAGUUACGGAACAUCACGGAAUUCAUCUGCACAAAAUGUCCACCUGGCUGGCAGCAUUUUGAGAAAAAUUGCUACUUCUUUUCAACAUUGGCUAAAUCCUGGUUGGAUGCUAAGCAGUUCUGUACCAAUGAAGGGUCUCACCUGGUUAUUGUUAACACCAAACAGGAACAGAUGUUUUUGUCAAACCACAUCAUUGAGCCCGAAGUGUACUGGCUGGGCCUCAGCGACUCAGUGAAGGAAGGGGAGUGGCGCUGGCUGGAUGGCAGCCUCUUGUCUAUCAGGUUCUGGGGGGCCGGGGAACCCAACAAUGUUGGGCAGCAUGGGGAGGACUGUGGCAGCAUACGCUUCGAUGGGAAGUGGAACGAUGCCAGAUGCUCCGCAACUGAGAGCUGGAUCUGUGAACGGCAGUGCUAGCUGAGUCCCUGAAUCCACAGCAGGGAGGGGAGGUGUCACACAGCCUGCCCCAUGUGGGACUGCUCAGGACCUAUUCUCUCUAAAUCAGUGAUUCUCAGACUUCCGCUCGUGAGCUGCAAGAGGGUCUUUCAUGGGUCUCCUACAGCUCUUUGCAGCACAUGCUAUUAAAACACUGUGAUUUAAUUAUUAA